AUGCUGUUAAGAUCACAAUGGCCGUGUCGCCGUCUUCACCACAAUGCUAAGUCUCUUGCAUCCAUAAUUGCUAGAUCUUUUGCCUCUUAUUCACCCCGUCGCAAUGAUCUAGCCACAACAAAGACUCGUAACAUUGGCAUCAUAGCCCAUAUCGAUGCGGGUAAAACUACAACCACAGAGCGUAUGCUCUAUUACAGUGGCUUCACUCGUAGACUGGGAGAUGUCGAUGAAGGUUCUACCGUAACGGACUUUUUGCCUGCCGAACGUGCUAGAGGAAUCACCAUUCAAUCAGCAGCUGUUACCUUCUCCUGGCCACCAGCGGCUUCGUCAGCUACCAAUCUCUCGUCGGACAAGAUUGUCUUGCCACGCUCUACCCAAAGCCAUAACAUCAACCUCAUAGAUACCCCUGGUCACGCUGACUUCACUUUCGAAGUCCUUCGAUCUUUGCGUAUUCUGGAUGGUGCUGUUUGUAUUCUCGAUGGUGUCGCCGGUGUCGAAGCGCAGACUGAAAAGGUCUGGACUCAAGCAACGCAAUACCAAAUCCCGAAGAUCUUGUUCGUCAACAAGCUUGAUCGCGAGGGCGCUGCUUUUGCGAGAACCAUAUCUGAGAUAGGUACACGAUUACGUGUCUGGCCCGCACUGUGUCAAAUUCCAUGGUGGCGGCCUGGUGAUCUCAAGCUUCAGGGUGUCGGUGAUGCCGUGGGACUUCGUGCUUUGCUCUACGAAGAAGGUGGUGACGGUAAGGCACUCAGGGUGUUUUCCCUCAAGAGCCUAGAAGCCGACAACUCGGCUUUCGCAGAAGAGAUCAAGAAAGCAAGAAUUGCUUUGGUUGAACUGCUGAGUGAGCAUGACGAUGAGAUGGUUGAGAAGUUCCUCGAGCACGACGAAGAUCAUCUGGCCAUCCCGUCAGUCGAUAUCACAGAAAGUCUUAGAAGAUGUACCUUACAGCAACCACAAAAACUUGUGCCUGUGUUUUCAGGUGCAAGCUUCCGCAAUGUUGGUGUCCAGCCACUACUAGAUGCGGUCGUGGACCUCCUUCCUUCGCCACAGGAGCGACCGGAUCCUGAAGCUAGUGUCGGUCCUUCCAAAUAUGGGUUGAACGAUCUCCUUUCGGGCAAGACUGCUUUGCCCGCAACGAUCGAGGCCAAGAAGCAACCAAAAACCAAAGCGCUGGCUGCGAGCAAGAACAUGUCUAUCAUCAAGAGUCUUGAAGCCUGUGCUCUGGCAUUCAAGGUAGUCACCGACCCACGCCGAGGUGUUCUGGUUUACGUUCGAGUAUACUCUGGGUCGAUUACAAAGAAUGCUCCCCUUUUCAAUACUAAUCUCGGCAUCACUGAGAAGGCUCCUCGCCUGCUGAGGAUGUACGCGGACGAGGCUGUCGAGAUCUCCUCCAUCGAGGCAGGUCAGAUUGGAGUCAUCCCCGGAUUGAAGUCUACACGUACAGGCGAUACAUUGAUUCUGUACAGCGGAGUGAACCCAAAGGUCGGUCCUCCUUCACCGAUAAACACUUUGCAGCUAAGGCCGAUCACUGUUCCCCCGCCUGUCUUCUUCACGAGUGUAGAGCCAAACAGCUUGGCUGAGGAGAAGCACAUCUCUGAGACGUUGGCACUCUUGCUUCGAGAAGAUCCCAGUUUGAAUGUGAGAGAAGAUCCUGAAAGUGGACAGACUCACCUGGCUGGUAUGGGCGAACUUCAUCUGGAGAUUGCUCGCGACAGACUCAUCAACGACCUCAAAGCAAAGGCCAGAAUUGGCAACAUUCAGAUUGGCUACCGCGAAGUCCUCUCCGCUCCUUCAUCCGAUGCAUCUGCAGUCUUCGACAGGGAAGUGGCUGGUAAGGCAUCUAAGGCUGGAUGUACUGCGAGCGUAAUGCCAUUUGAGGAAACAGAGCUGGAGACAGCUGACGACCACACACAUGUUUUCGCCUUACUGGACAACAACUAUCUGGUUCUCAACACCCCGACGCUCUACCCAGAUGGUUCUGCAAUCGAAUCUGAGCUCCCUCCUCUACCCUCCACCCUACCAAUGCAGAUGCUUCAAUCAGCCAUGCAGACAGGUGUUACAGCAGCCCUCGCCCGUGGACCAUCGCAUGGCUAUCCUCUCCACUCAACCAAGAUUACCAUUACCUUCGACCCCUCUGAGCAUCUCUUCCAAACCACCAAUGCCGCUGCCAUUUCUUCAGCUGCUCGCCUUGCUGUACAGAAAGCUUUGCGCGAGGCAGCAGACGCUGGAUCCGGCACCGCAUUGAUGGAACCCGUCAUGAACGUCACAAUCACCGUAGACGAGCCUAGUCUUGGAGGCGUCGUGCACGACAUCAGUUCUGCCAGAGGAGGACAAGUCGUAUCUCUCGGCGCUGAUGACGAAACCGAUGCUUCAGGAGACGACAUCGAGAUUGAUCCGACUAGAAUCUACUCACCACCUGAUCCAUUCGGUGGCUCGGCGUCAAGUAUUGGCGCAGGAUCUGUCAGUGUAGGAAGCCAGACGCGUCAGAUUGUAGCAAGAGUACCUCUCAAAGAGAUGGUGGGAUACUUGAAACACCUGCGCAGUCUGACCCAAGGAAGGGGCACAUUUGUGAUGACGGUCGAUCGGUUUGAAAAGAUGAACCCCCAGAGGAUGAAGCUUGCGCUAUCUGAGAUGAGUGGUGGCUUCUAG